AUGGAUCGAGUCUCUGUGGCAGGGUGGUCAGUCGCCGGUAACACAUUGACGAACAAUGAGGCGCCCUCGAGGACUCGUUCUGUCUCUGGCGCAGGGCGGCGCUACGUGCGCUCGCGCGAAGGCUGCGUGACCUGCAAACGCCGCAAGGUCAAGUGCGACGAGCAGCGACCGCGAUGCUCUCACUGCGAGCGCCUCAACAUGGAGUGCAAAUGGCGACCGCAGACACGUCCCUCGACGCAGAGGCGCCCGUCGCAGCCCCCGACGCAGUCCCCCAUGACGGAUGUGUCCCCCGGAGGCCCCAGGUUGGGGGGCCAGCAAGCGCCGCAUGCGGUGGACGAGGUGUUUGACUACGCGAGCUUCAUGUGGGAGGGCGGUGACUUUUGGCAGCAGGUCAGCCCCGAGAUGGGAUCCAACGUCGGGUUGAACACGCACAUUAUGGGCACGGAUGCGCAGCUGCGCUUCCCCAACAUGGUGGCCCCGGCGCCCGUCACGUACGGCACGCCUGCGAUGCGUAGCAACGGCAGUGCAGCGGACAAGCCCGUCGUGAAUCUCACGGGCGACAAGUUGAUGGAAUUUUUUGCAACGUCGGCGAAUCCGCCCAUCUUGGAGGAGGUCGAGACGCAGAAAAAGUGGGUGCUCAUGCGACAGACGGUGGUGGACAUGGCCAAGCACUCGCGCAUGCUGCACAGCGCCAUCCUCGCCUUCUCUGCAGUAUUAGUUGGGCGGCGGGAUCGCUCGCUGGUGGUGAGCGAGGGGAACCACUACGAAUCGGCGGUGGCACGGGUGGUGGACUACGACCAGCAGUCACUGGUGGAGCACAGCAGCGAGAGGGAAUGUCUGCUGGCGGCCCUCUUCUUCCUGGCUUACGUGGACAUUCUCGAGAUGAAGCUGGACGCGGGCCACUCGCAUCUGCAGAGGGCCUACAAGAUCUUCCAGCGGUGCGACAAGAAGAGCUUUGGCGCGCUAGAGAAGCAGAUUCUGCUGUGGCUCCGGCUGCUCGACGGCAAAGCAGUGUCGGCAGGGGGGGACGGACUCUUUCUCUCCAAGGCCGAUGAGCUUUUCCUAGUGGAGGCGUCGCCCGGUAGCUUUGACGGCGGAGACACGGACGACCUCUCCCGACAGGAGCCAGCCGAGGGGGACAUUGAAGACGUCCUCUUCCAGGUCCUCUACCAGCCUGGUGUUAUCGAUCCGUGGCAUCGCUCUCGGGGCACCGUCGAGGACGAAACAGAGGUCAUGAACAUGGGUGCCGCCAUCGCGACCGACCUGCGCAAUCUCUACGACCACCGUCCGCCGCUGAUGGACUUUGCCGUGGCGGGCAAGCUGCAGCCGCCGCACGUCUCGGCGCACCUCGCAUUUGUCAUCACGCGCGCGUUCCGCACGUACCUAUCCAACUACUACGCCAGCAAGGUGCACCUGCACCGCGUCGCCUACAAGACGCUGCCCCUGACCAAAGAGGCCAUGGACGCGCUGGACAACAUCCGCAGGCUCGUCCGGCAGAUGGUGGACGAGAUGGAUGCGGAGGACUCGCUGCCGAUCAACAUGCUCUGGCCCUUGCUGAUGCUCGGCGCGGAGGAGCAGGACAUGGGCGAGCGCGCGUGGAUUAAGGAGACCAUCUUGCGGAUGGAGAGGGUCGCAGGGAAUGCCCGGAUCACGGCGCAGGUUCUAGAGGAGGUGCAGGCGCGACAGGACACGGCCAAGGCGCGGGUGGACAUUCGAUCCGUCAUGCUGACCGUGUUCAACGCGUGUUUUGCGAUCGUGUGA